UCUUGUGCUACUCCUCGAUUCACGUACCGGGAUUGGGAAGAGAAGCGCGUCGAGAUAAACUCUUCGCGACAUCGACCAGCUGAUCGGCGAAUUGAGAAAAGAACUGCCACUUUGCCUCCGCGCGCACAUCUCGGUCACCCCUUUCUCGCGUUUCUGUAGCUUUUAAGGCUUCGGGCCAACAGCAGAAAAGCACCAUGAAGACGACUUUCAUAUUGAUUUUGUUUGGCCUUGGGAUAUGUUUGGCUAACCCUUUGGAGAAGAAGGAAAAAAUAAGCGUCGUUGAGCAGCAGACCGUGACGCUAACAGAUCGAGCUAAGUACGAGGAGGAACUUCUUCGUAAACUCAACUCGAAAUGCUCCCAGAACGACAUCAGCAGUUGCGUGAUGUUGAAGUUGGUGACGUACAUGAAUAAGCUGCUGAAGAAGGCUUCGAUCGAGCUGACGGACGACAUCGAGAUCAGGAAGACGAGCCAGACGUCGGAAGAUGUGAUCACGUUCGAGGCCGGCAGAAGCAAGGACGAUGAGAUUCAGGUCCUUGAUCUCGUCGCGAAUAAAGUUUACACCUUCAUCAAAUCGAGAAGUAUCAAAUGGAGACUUCUACCCGAAGACGACAUUGUCGCAUCCGCGUCGGAAGACGAGACCGGUGCGCUAAACUUGGGUCUGUCUAUUGAGCGCGCCGACAGACCUGUUCAAGACGGCCGUGGAAAAAAGGGUAACAGUAUGGGUCCGUUGAUCGCCGCAGCCGUCUUAAAGAUCGGCCUCAUUGGUGGUCUCGCGUUCAAGGCUCUCGCCCUCCUGGUCGGCAAAGCUCUCCUUUUGUCGAAGAUCGCGCUUCUAUUGGCUACUAUCAUAGGCCUGAAGAAACUCUUCUCGCAGGGAAAACACGUGACCUACGAGGUAGUAGCACAUCCUCACCACAGCUCGAGCCAUUCGUUCGACCAUGGCCAUGGUGGUGAUAGUUACUCUAGCGGUUGGGCGAGAAGCUUCCACGAACAAACGUCGAUUCCUGGACAGCCAGACGCCCACGAGUUGGCUUAUGCGGCGCACGUAAAGUGAUUGAUUCCUAUCAUUCGAAGCAGGAUCCAAAAAUCGCCGAGAUCGACGUUUGAGACAAGAAGUGCGACGUUCUUGGAUCCGUACCAAACCUAUUCUUGAGAAUCAUUCCUAGAUUUACAGAAUAUUUAUUUCUAUCCAUAAUUAUCCACUUUACUUCGUCCUUUUUCCUCUCUCGUUUCUUUUAUCCUCAACGCUAUAAUUCUCUUUAAUCCUCUUUUUUUUCUUUGAUACUAUUAUAUAUACCUCCGAACGACUGCACGACGCAUGAAUAUUAUAUAAUACGUCAAUGACACACAGCGACGCACGUGUUUAUUACAACGCAACGGCGACAUCAGGAUGUCACGUCACGAUUUACGGAUACGUAGGCAGGUGGGCAGGAGAUUCUCGGAUGCAUACGCAUGAAGGAUACGCAUCACAAGAAUCUUACCUACUUUCGCGACUCUACUUGUGAAUAUAAUCACAGAUACUGUGAGACUCUCGUCAUUAGGACAUUAAAUUAUGCACGAGCAUUAUAUUCUUCUCGCUUCUCACAUUACAGUAUUUAGAUCUGUGAUAUCUCAAGAGCUUAGGAUUACGUUUACAAUAUGCAUUAAACGUUAAACGUGAUUACUCUACUUUCAGUUUGUAUUCUCGCAUCUCUGCCGUAGGUUUGGCGCUAGAUAUAACUGUCUCAUUUCAUAUUGAAUUUUAUUCUAGAUCUAGAUCAAUUAAUUUUGGAGGCUAUACUAUGAUUAUACUUGACGUUAAAUGUGCGGUUAAAUGAAUAUGAGAGAAUCUUUUAUUGAUAUUGUUUAUUUGAUAUUUAUAAUUUAUUUAUAUUUAUAAGAUUAUUUUUAAAAUUAAGAAUUUUAUAUUUAUCAAAGGUAAUUACUUUUAACGUUAAAUGUUAUUCGAAAUUAGGGCAAAAGAUGUUGAAAUGAGAUCAACAUCAAGAGAAUUAUCAUUAAAAUGAUAUGAUACUAAAAGCUCAAAAAAGCCCUCCAAGCUCUUUUCAUCGGUUUUUCGAAUAUUUCUGUGUAAUUUUAGCGUGAUGAAUCGUGAAGAGAGAAGUUAUAAAAUUCUCUCUACUUUUGUAAAUAAUUAGUAAAUAGUAAAAUAAUUACACGUAGUCUGUGUAAUUAAUUUGCCGAUUACUUCGUUUGUAUUUUAAAUUGAAAUUAUUUUCAACAGAGAGUCCUGUAGUAAUUUACUUGACACAACGGACGGACAAGUUUAUAUAAAUAUACACGUUUACACUUCUUUAACAGAGAAGAAUAACUUGAACGUACAACGCCAGAAUGACGAAAAAUAAUGACUGACGAUGAGUUACAUA